AUGUCAGCAUACAUGCUAGCCCAUCUAUGUGGUUUGGUGACUGGUGGCCAUAGACCAAGUACCUCCUUCAAGAAUGUCCACUGGAAUGGUUGUGCCGCUGCUAUGAAUGAACAUUUUCAGCGCACCGACUUGAUUGGAACCCACAUCACAAAUCACACAAGGACGUGGAAAAAAAAGUAUAAGGAGAUAGUGCACCUCAAAUCAUUGAGUGGUGCACUUUGGGAUGAAGAUAACUUUAUGAUUGUUCUUGAUCAUGAGCAUUACACAAACCAUAUUAAGGACCACAAAGAAGAUGAACCCUUCCUGAACAAGCCUAUUAAACAUUAUGAGGAGAUGCUGGUUAUCGUUGGAGCAGGCAUGGCUACAGGGCAAUAUGCAAAAGGCUCAAGUGACCCUUUAGCGACGGAGAAAGCCAAAACUAAUCCUUCUGCAGAAGAUAGGAUGGUUGCAACUAUGAUGGCUUCAAGUGAAAGGCUUGCUGUUGCCAUUGAGAAAUUUGCUACUGACGUCAACCCCGCCAUUGAUGGUCUUUGGGAUGAGAUGAAAGAACUCCCUGGCUUUGAUGUGGAUUCCCUUGCUCAUUACUAUGCCUAUUUGGUUGACAAUCCUCGUGUUGCAACGACAUUCAAGGUUCCGGAGGGUGUUCAAAGAAAGGUUUGGGUCUCUAUGUAUGUGAAGAGUAUAUCGUACAAAUGAUAGCCAAAUUCUAACUAUGUUUGGCGACUAUAUCGUACAAAUGAUAGCCAAAUUCUAACUAUGUUUGGCGACUAUAUCGUACAAAUGGUAGGAUAUUACGUAUAUAUAUCAUCAUGCUACCCGUCACCAACAAGUUGUACGUACGUGCGUAGAAUGAGCAAGUAGCUUUAUCAGUCUCUGAUACGUACGUGGCUCAGCUCGAUCAGUCUCUGAUACGUACGUAGAAAAAGAUUAGUUUCGUGAGGAAGAAGUAUAUAGUUAAAAAAAAAGACCGAACAAACAUGUUCUCCUGUCUAAGCAGGUUCAAGCCAGCAAAAAUGCAAAAAAAGAAGGAACUUCUUCAACGGGAAAAAGUGAAAUAUGCCGCAUGUAUUAUCUAGCCACAGAAAAGUUGAACUAUUAUGAGCUCAUAGUACAACCAAACAAAAAUCCAUAGUGAUAGAUAGAUAUUCAUAUCAACCAAAGAGUUCGAUAGUUUAC